AUGGCGAAGCCGUUGACCGGAGAAACAAUCAGAGUUGUUUUCGAGGAGGAGAGUGAGAAACAAGGCGGCAAAGAAAGCUAUAUGAGGAAGAACAAACAUCGCCGUGUAGGCAAGUACAGCAAGUUUCUGUACACGAGCAAGAGAAAGUACAGCAAGUUUCAAGACAUAUCAGUUAUUGAGCAGGUUGGGAAUACCGAGAGACAUGCCAGAGUAUUGAAGACACCUGGGAGUGUUCAGACAUUAUACUGUUGGGAUGGAAUGAGAGUCAACGUUCAGCUGUAUGUAGUUGAAAGCAGUAAUGUCCUCUCUACACCAAUUGUAGUGUUCAAAUCAACAUCUCAAGUUCUGCCCAUUCCUGACUCACAGAACAAAGAGCAAGUUUGUGAUGUCCAAAGAAGGCAAUGCAGUCAUACUGAUUCGCAAAACGGACUGCCAAAACCCGCAUCUGAAUUCUCCAUCAAGGGUGGUGAGAAAGUUAACAUUCUCUAUGGGGGGCUCUCACCAUUGGAGAUGCUUUUAUGUUCUCAUCUCUUUUUUUUUUUUAACAAUUUUUAUGUUCUCAUGUUUUUUUAUGGGAAAUAG